AUGGUUGCGGACUGGGGAGCAUACGCGGACGACUCGGGCGGUAUCAUGUGCAGCGGAUGGUCCCUUGACACCAUCACGCCAAGCUGCCAAGAGGCCCUGGGAUUUGUGACAGCAGAUGUGCUGGGUUUUGAUGCGUCCUAUCUCGAAGAUGAGGUCGGGGCCAGAGAUGCGACAGUGGAUCAAGUCGGACGCUAUUCGUGGAUGGUUGGCGACGGUUUCCAGGAACCAAGCACAGAGACAACGUACCAUGCUGCAGCCAACAGGACCUAUCUUGUUGCUACUGUGUUUGGGCUCAGUAUCUUCAAAGACAACGUCGGCGGCCUCUUCCAUGUCAUCGUCCUCUGGGUCCAGUACGGCUAUGUCUUCCAAAACUGCUCCGGCCUCAUCGUCGUCACUGACUCUGAGCAAGACUACUACUUCCACUGUGCCUGCAUUGCCCUCCUCCACUACGCACUGCACAGGUGGUACCACGGCUGA